AUGGCAUCUAACGCCGCCAUGCUGUUGGACCCACGGGCCCACAGAAGGAAGCUACAAAGCGAUGGUAACGACCCCGAAUUUGCUUCUCUUUCGUCAUAUAGUCACAGCGACGCGGGUUUGGAGGCCGCAUAUGAGCGACUUUACUUUCCCUCAACGUCCAGAGACUGCCCCUCUCCUCCUCAGGACCCCAUAUUUAUGAACCCUAAUCUUGUCGAUACCGAAAGCUCAUUUAUCCACGAGGCAGGCUCCCAGAAUUCAGGCUACUCGGAUUCUUCCGCUGCGCCGGCAGGUACGGCUUCUGCGGCACAUCGUCUUCUCAACCCGCAACGUCUACAGUCUUCUAAUAGAGGUAGCCCGAAGUCGAGAUCACGACCACAGUCAGUUUCCUCACGCGGUGGGGAUAGUGCGAGGGCAUCACCACAACGUAGCGAUACGCGUGGACCCGAUGUGGAUGUGGUAUUUACAACCGCGCAGGAGGAGCUUAGUGAUGGGAAGCGGAAUUCCGAUCAUGUCGAUGAAGUGCGCCAUGGGAAUCUCAUCGAGAAUAUGUACGGCGUUGAAAGACGACUAAACCAGCCAUACAAGAAGAUAAAGACGGAGAAAGACCUGGCCCAGAGCGGGAAAAAGGCGAUAUUUACGUCGACUGGGGCCAGCGGGUUGGGUGAAUGGGUGAAGGAUGGUGAAGAGAAGUCGAAUUCGUCCACACCGAUCACCCCAAAUGUUGUUGACUUAACGAUUGAUUCCUCUGCUGCAGCAACUGACGAUGAUGAUCUACAAGUCACGGGUUCAAAUAAUCUCAGCAUCCAGAGAGUAUGUUAUGGCAAGCUAGAAAACGCAAUGGUGCAAGCAGUGCUGGUACCAAAGCCUCCAGCUGCAGCUCAAACCGUUUUUGGGGACUCGGCGCAUGAUUGGCCCUCAAUCAAAUUAGGAGUACACCGAUCAACAAAUCAAGGCAAUAAUCGGAUUGAGGUUUCAGACCCCGAUGGAAAAAUAUUUGGGGCAAUAGAUCCAAAGACCGCUGCAGUGAUUGCUCCUCUUCUCGAUUCGCCUGCUUUGAAAGUCGACGUUACCGCUCGGUUGGAUGUUCGAAGGAGGCUGGCAAACGAAUAUCCGUGGGCACCUUGCUCAGCUCUGUAUCGAGCGUCUAUCAACCUGUACGGCCUUCGGAAGGAUGCUGAACUAGUCGGGAAGCACCUUGGUCAGAAUAAUGUCUGGCUUGGUACCCCGUUUUCAGUAGAGCAAGGUGUCCCUGUGUUCAACCCACACGCUGAGAGAAGGCGCGCCCAAGCCGCCGCGUCUUUCUUACCAAAUGUGGCUGCGAGGGGCCGAUCAACCGUCAACUACGAAGUCCGCACUGCAGAAGAGGUGAACGAUGCAGUGAUGAAGAUGUUCGAUCAACUUCAGAGCGCCGAAAAUAUACCCGAGUUGGAACCUCCUUCGCUUUUGUCAACCCCGUUGCUCCGCCACCAAAAGCAGGCGCUUUGGUUCAUGACUGAAAAGGAAAAGCCGCGCAAGUUUGGGCCUAGAGAGGAAGAUAAUAAUUCACUUUGGAGGUUGGAGCAUCGUUCAAAUGGGGCAAGCCGGUAUCGCGAGGUUAUUAGUGGCAUUGUACGCGAUGACGAACCUCCACAGAGCCUAGGUGGCCUUUUAGCAGAUAUGAUGGGUCUCGGGAAGACUUUGAGCGUUCUGUCUCUUGUCGUAUCCUCUUUGGCAGAAGCUCACGAGUGGGCAAAUAUGGCACCAAAUUCAGACCUUAUUCGAAACCUGCCGGGCAUCCGCAACACCAAAACGACACUUCUAGUAGCUCCGUUGAGUGCUGUUAACAAUUGGACAUUCCAGGUCAAGGAGCAUCUGAAAGAAAACGCCAUAUCUUAUCACGUAUUUCACGGGCAAUCGCGAAUCACUGAUGUGGAUGAGCUGUCUAAAUAUGACCUGGUCAUCACGACAUACAGCAUUAUUCUCAGCGAGCUCUCUGGAAGGGGUUCGAAACGAAAUGGGAACCCUGGGAGCCCGUUAACCAAGAUGAAUAUGUUUCGAAUUGUUCUGGACGAAGCGCAUACUAUCCGAGAACAGAGUGCAGCACAGACACAGGCUAUUUUCAAGCUGAACUCCCAGCGUAAGUGGUCUGUAACUGGUACACCUAUUCAAAACCGACUAGAGGACCUUUUCUCGGUGACCAAGUUCCUUGGUCUGAAUCCCUACGAUGACAGAGGGCAGUUCGGGAUGCACAUUCUGAGUCGAUUUAAGACCGGGGAUGCCACGGUCCUAGCAAGCUUGCGAGUGCUUGUAGACUCAUUUACACUACGCCGUGUCAAGGACAAGAUCGACAUCCCUACCCGGCACGACAAGAUCAUAACGCUUAAUUUCUCUGAGAAGGAGAGGCAGCUGCAUGAAUUCUUCCGACGAGAGUCAAACGUGAUGAUGAAAGUAAUUGCCGGCGAGGAUAAGACAGCACUGAAAGGUCGGAUGUAUCAUCAUAUCCUAAAGGCAAUGGUAAUUUUACGCCAAGUCAGUGCCCAUGGCAAAGAGCUUCUCGACAGUAAUGAUCGCGCAAGGAUUAAGGGGCUGAGCGUCCAUGACGCCAUCGACCUCGAAGAAGGCGGGAAUGAUACACCAGAACUGGUAGAUAAGAAAGCGUACGAGAUGUUUACCUUAAUGCAAGAGUCCUCGGCAGAUAUGUGUGCCCUGUGUGGCAAACGCCUUGAGGACCCAAAUACUGAUUCUGGUACCACCGACCGUCAAGUACCAAUGGCGAUCAUACUUCCUUGCUUUGAUGUACUUUGCCCCGAGUGUUUCUCUGGCUGUAAACAAGCGUUUGACAGUCAAACCGGGCCAUCAGUUCAUGACAUCAAAUGCCAGGUCUGCGAUGGAUGGAUCCCUGUUUCAUAUUCCACCAUCACCCCUGGAGGGCUACAGGACUAUAUGAUGGGCCAGGCCCAGGCCAAGCAGAGCAAAAAGCAAGCAAAGACCCUAGGAGAGUACGAAGGCCCGCACACGAAAACCAAGGCGCUGGUGGCGUAUCUAUUGGAGACGGCGGAUGAGAGCAAGGGCUUAGGGGACGAACAUCCUAUCAAAAGUGUGGUGUUUUCUGCAUGGACGUCGCAUUUGGACUUGAUCGAGAUUGCGCUAAAAGACAACGGCAUCACAGGCUUUACCCGCCUGGACGGGACGAUGACCCUAUCCGCCCGCCAAAAGGCCCUUCAGGAGUUUCACGACAAUAACAACAUCACUAUCCUCCUAGCGACUAUCGGGGCUGGUGGCGUCGGUCUCAACUUGACCGCUGCAUCUCGAGUCUAUAUCAUGGAACCGCAAUACAACCCCGCAGCCGUGGCACAAGCGGUUGAUCGAGUGCAUCGAAUCGGGCAGAUGCGCGAAGUGACUACAGUACAGUUCCUAAUGAAGGAUAGUAUCGAAGAGAAGAUCUUCGAGCUGGCCAAGAAGAAGCAGCAGUUGGCCGAUAUGAGCAUGAACCAGAGGAAGCUUGAUAAGAGAGAGGUGCAAGAGCAACGGAUGCGUGAAUAUCGAAGUUUAUUCAAGUGA